AUGAUAGUUGCAGAAUGCAAUACCCUUACAAGCUCCGCAACACCAUCCGUGCUUGUGGCAGGCCCAGCUGGAACUGGUACCUACAGCUCAACUGGAACUGGUACCUACAGCUCAACUGGAACUGGUACCUACAGCUCAACUGGAACUAAUACUUACAGCUCAACUGGAACUGGUACCUACAGCUCAACAGGAACUGAUACCCACAGCUCUGCUGGAACUGGUACCUACAUCUCUACUGGGACUGGUACCCAGAGCUCAACUGGAACUGGAACCGACACCAACACUGGCACCUACAAGCCGACCACCUCCUGGAGCGACACCAACACUGGCACAUACAGGCCGACCACCUCCUGGGGUGACACUAACACUGGCACCUACAAGCCGACCACUUCCUGGAGCGACACCAACACUGGCACCUACAAGCCGACCACCUCCUGGAGCGACACCAACACUGGCACCCACAGGCCGACCACUUCCUGGAGCGACACCAGCACUGGCACCUACAAGCCGACCACCUCCUGGAGCGACACCAACACUGGCACCUACAGGCCGACCACUUCCUGGAGCGACACCAACACUGGCAUCUACAGGCCGACCACUUCCUGGAGCGACACCAACACUGGCACCUACAGGCCGACCACCUCCUGGAGCGACACCAACACUGGCACCUACAAGCUGACCACCUCCUGGAGCGACACCAACACUGGCACCUACAGGCCGACCACCUCUUGGAGCGACACCAACACUGGCACCUACAAGCCGACCACUUCCUGGAGCGACACCAACACUGGCACCUACAGGCCGACCACCUCCUGGAGCGACACCAACACUGGCACCUACAGGCCGACCACCUCUUGGAGCGACACCAACACAGGCACCUACAGGCCGACCACCUCUUGGAGCGACACCAACACUGGCACCUACAGGCCGACCACCUCUUGGAGCGACACCAAAUCGAACACUGGCACCUACAGGCCGACCACCUCCUGGAGCGACACCAACACAGGCACCUACAGGCCGACCACCUCUUGGAGCGGCACCAAAUCGAACACUGGCACCUACAGGCCAACCACAUCUUGGACGGGAACUGGUACCUACAGGCCAACCACGUAUCGCCCUUCAAGUUCAGUGGCACCAACACAAGGUCCGUGUGAUGUUCUCUGCAUGACCCUGUAUGAUCCGGUGUGCGCCAAUGAUGGGGCCACAUACAGCAAUGAGUGCGCGAUGAACGCAGCGGCUUGCAAGGCCGACACCAGCCUGUAUGUUGUCUACAGAGGACAGUGCAAUCUGGAAAAAAGUACUAAGCCUUUGGCACCGAGACCAACAACGGCAUCCGGCGAGAACAAGCUUUGGGAAUCGCCAAAAUUCUGCAUGAGCGGCUCUGCAUUCAAUACGAUCGCGGUUCCCUGCAACAAAACUGGAGAGGUCUGCGUGUCUUACAAAUGGAAUGGCGUUAUAGAUGUUUUCGAGUGCCGCCAAACGGGCUUCUGUCAGUACGGUUCGCCAAGCCAGAGAUGCUGCUGUAGCGAGUGCUCGGAGGAGGUCUGCAACAAGGAUGGACCCAAAUGCACCGGCGGGGACAGGGCCUGCCUGGACGAGGGUGUCACUGCUGCUGGUGGCGCCGGAGCGGCCGGGCCCGGGCUGAUGACAGUGGUUCUGGUUGCAUUUUCGUUGCUGAUGAAACUGAUUUUGUAUUGAGAGAUGCAAACACUGACAGUACCUUUCAGGAUGCUUUUCCAUAUUCACCCGGCCUUCAGUGGCACACACUCCGGCCUCUAAUAACUAAAGGUACUAGGCACCAUUUAAUAAUGUAUUGGGGGAUUUCUUGGCUGCAUUUCUGUUGGCAGAUAGGGUUCGAGUCAUGAAACAUCCGUGUUCAUUUCACGAUGGACGUCGUAAAGGGUCCAUGAAGCCCCUUCGGAAACUCCAUACCCUCCACGUCGCAGACCACGCCCAAGUGUACAGAUACAUGUAGUUAAUGACAUCGGCCAAUGCAUUAAGGAAUAGCACAGCAUGUAAAUACAUGUAUGUGAUUAACCUUAUCUUUUAUAUAUUGUACGCAUACGUACUUCAUUAAAUUUUGUACUUUUAGCAAGA